GCAUUUGCCUGGUUUCACGAUCUACUCACGGAACACGCGGAACUAUUUUGGAGCUUCUUUUCUACCGAUAUGACCACCGUGUUGGAAACUAUGCCCCCAGAUUGUUGGGACAGUUUUCCACUUUUCCAGUUGCUCAAUGAUUAUCUAAUCUCAGAAGAAUCACUCAAAAUGGGUAAAUUUCAUCAACAGCUCACUCAAAUUUUCGCCCCGUUGGUUGUUCGCUAUGUGGAUUUAAUGGAAGCAUCCAUAGCCCAGUCCAUUGGUGUUCCCGACAGUCCCACUCGAACUGGUGGUGGAGCAGGUGUUGGGGGUGGCGGUGGAGGUGGAAGCGGAGCAGGUGGUGGCAGCAGUGGCGGUGCAUCUGGUACACAGGACAGUGGUGGGGCUGCCGGAUUUGCAGCUUCUGCUCUAAGUAAUGUGGGUGCUCUUUCGAAUGUCGGUUCUUUGGUCUCGGCUGCGGCAGCCGGUGCGGCUAAUGCGGCCAGUGCGGCUAGUCGUGCUGGUGGUCUGAUGGCUGCCGCAACUGCUGCGGCCAGUGCGGCUAGUGCUGCAGCCACAUCCGGGCAGAGUGCUUUCAAUCCGACACCAGUCACAUCAACGGAACUAUUGUGGAAGUUGGAAGCGCUUCAAACGUUUAUUCGUGAGCUUCAUUGGCCAGAUGUGGUUUUCGCUGAACAUUUGGAUAAUCGGUUGAAAAUGAUGGCAGCUGAUAUGAUCGAUUCUGCAGCCCAACGCAAUCUGUCCUGUUUUGAGACGUGGCUCAAACGUGCCUCCAGAAGCACUGAUUUCAUUCUGCCAAACGAAUGUUGUAAUAUGAUCAAUACAGUGGCCGACUUGAAAGCGAGUAUUCUAAAGCUGUGCACCAAAGAUACCAAAGGGGAAGACAUGCAUCAGUAUCACAAUCAAAUUGAAACAAAUCUGGAACGGAUUCAACGAAAAAUGGCCAUCGUGUUGAACGACAAGAUGAGCAGUGUGCUCGAAGGCAAUUUGGCCAAACUUGCGCGAUACGAUAUGAAUACGUUGCUCUCGUCCGUGCUAUCAUUGGCGAAACCAACGGACGAGGGAGCCAAAGCUUAUGUGGAAUUUCUGCGUGCCAACCUGGAACAAAUGCGUCAGAAAGUGUCCGAUGAACUCUACAUCUUGUCGUUCAUGGAGACAUGGUACAUGACACAAACACGAAUGAUCAAUGAGUGGUUGACGGAACGCAAAGGCAAUGCUCUCAGUCCUUACCAGUUCACCUGUCUCUCCACAAUUGUCAAGAAAAUGUACGCUGAUUUCGAACUGCAAGGAAUCAGUCCAGAUGCACUGGACACCAUGGCAUAUAAAACGAUCACUCAACGACUUCAAAUGGAAGAAACUGCUCUAGCCGUCCGUCCGGAUUCCACAGCCAGUCCAACACGAUCACUGCUGGGCAGUAUCACCGGGGGAUUGAGUGGUUUGAGCCACGCUCUUCCGAAACCCGGAUUUCUCAGUAAGGGCUGA